AAACCAACAGCUCUCCUCAUGGAAGACAGGGACAUUAGCACAUGCUGCCUAAGGAGGCCCUCCUGUACCAUCUAUAUGAAUGCCCUCGAGAAGGGGAACGAGAAGUAGGGGCACAUGUCAGCAACAGAGCCGUCCGCGUUGUACUUGUCCGGAUCGAUUGCAUGCAGCAUGAAAAACUUGACGAAUACAAUGUGCUCGUACUGCACACAUCGCAGACAGAGGAAUACAGACAAAUCAAAAGCCAAGGCAACGCAUCGUCCAUUUGUUGAUCGAUCGGUACUGACAUAAUGAUAAACUCCAGAAGGCAUGUCCAGACCUCGGCCUUCACGACACCUGGCUCGUCUUCUGAGCGCAACAGCGGCAGAUUGUUGAUCCGGACCAUCCAGAGCACAUGAAGGGUCUCGAAAGCGCCCUCAACCACCAGCAGCACGAUCAGUCCGGCGAUGCCGGUGAAGAAGCUGGCAAGAGAGGCGUCUUUGUCCCAUAUCUGAUUGGUGACCAGAACCAUCAGAUUGGUAAAGACCAAGAGCAUCAUUUCAGUCGUCGACCAUCUGCGUGAACCCACAAAGACAUAAGGAGAAAGCGUGAUAAAGGUGGAUCGAUUUCAUGUGUGUCUCUUACAGCCGGAUUUGGCUCGAGAGGGCGCGCAUGUACCGGGGGCUGACCUCUAACGAGGCAAAUGCUGACUGCAUGCUGGCAGCUGGAGCAAGAGAAGAGGCCGACCUGCUGAAGGUCUCGCGCAUGGAGAGCACUGUCGUGGUGAUUGCUGUGCUUUGACAUGUCAAAAAACCAUUUCCACUUCUCUUGCCAGAGGCCGCCUUGCCAUGCUGACGGUUGCUCGUCACCGUGUCUUGCCGUGUCUCCCCGAACACGGCUGCGUCUCUAGUGCAUCGACCAGACUUGAGAAAUCUCCGAACGCCGAGGCAUAGCAAAGCCCCUGCAUACGGUAAGUGGAUCGAUCUCCAUGUAUGCUGCAGGAAGACAUACCGUAAGGAAGAAGUAUGUCGGUGAUGAGAUCAAAGCUAAGGCAGAGAAACCACAUGUGAAGACACAUUUGUGCUGGUUGUGGCUUGUUCCAAGAAACGCAGCUUACAAUGCGAUGGCAACUGAGGAGAGUAGUUUGCUGCUUAGACUCACCAUCUCUGCUUGUAUGAGUCUAGGUGUGAGUAGGUAGGGCACCGCAGUCCACGCAACCACAAGCGAGCUCCAAACCGGCGGACCCUCCUGAAACAAUUGAUGUGCAGACGAAGAGCAUUCCUCAUAAACGAUCUACAAGAACAAUCUACAAGCAUACUAGUACUCGUAAGAAUCUAAUGAUCUGGUUGACAACGGAGACGACUGGCCAACCAGCGACGACACUCUGCAGAGCAAUUUGAGCCUAGCAGGGAAAGCAUAAACACACAAAUGUCCAUGUGUAAGGCAUGUAUAGGUGCAGUGGUGGAACGAAUGUGUCUUAUAUACAUACUCGCGUACCCUAGCAUAGUCGUCUCUAGCUUUGCUGCCUCGAGGCAGGAAGUAUCUCACCGACAAGGAGGCAAACGCCAUUUGGCCGAUUAAAACUGCUGUUCCCACCUUCAUCGCAUAAGCGCGUUUCUUCGCAAAAUUUAAUGAGCUGGCGGCAUGGUAGAAAAAAGCGAAGGCAAGAAGAUACUUCACCGCCAGAAGCAAGGAGGCAAGAAUGUAUGUUCCCAAAGGAGGGAGCCACCGCAGGUUGUAAAGCACAGCCUCUAUUAUAUAGAGCACCGACGUCAUGGCAACCAACAGCCAGGACUUGCGCAGCAGAGACGUGUUGCGUCGAAAGCUAGCUCCU